AUGGGUAUUCGAUGGGCAGCUAUAGCAGUAGCGAUAGGUUUAAUUAUCGGAUUUUUUUUAAAGACACCAAGAAAUAAUUGCAAAUCAAAUGGAACGGUACAAGAAGAUCUUCAACAAAUUAGAGAAACUUUUGACAAAAUUUUAUUGCGAGAAAAAGAAGGAUUAGCACUUGCUGCUUAUAAAAAUGAUAAACUUAUAAUAGAUCUUUGGGGUGGUUUUGCUGAAAGAGAUGCAUUUCGAACGUGGGAACGUGAUACGAUGACAGUGGCAUUUUCAUCAACAAAAGUUGUUGGUGCAUUAAUUAUUGCAAUUCUUGUCAGUCGAGGAGAGUUGCAAUAUGAGGAUAAAGUUGUGAAAUAUUGGCCUGAAUUUGGUGCUCACAAUAAGGAAAAUAUUACUAUUCAAUGGAUCCUUGAACAUAAAGCUGGUUUAAUUGUAUUUGAUGAUGAAUUGACAAUGGAACAAGCUCGAAAUCAUCGUUAUAUAUCACGUAUUAUUGAAAAGACGAAACCGAAGUGGCCUGCAGGUACAGCAGUAGGUUAUCAUGCAUUAACAUUUGGUUGGCUAUUAGAUCAAAUUGUUCGACGUACCGAUCCGUUGAAACGUGGUAUUGCGCAGUUUUAUCGUGAAGAAAUUCAAAAAUAUAUGGAUGAUAAGGAUUUCUAUUUGGGCUUACCUCGGCAUGAACAUUAUCGAGUAGCACGGAUUGUUCAAACAACUACAUUUGAAUUCGUUUAUGAAAUGGUCACCACUGUGCAAUAUUUUGCGCUCAUAUUCAAUUGUCUCUUGCGCUUUUUUAAUUGCGAAAUAUAUGAUACUGGCAAAUAUCCAUUAUGGCUUAGUUUCCUAAAUAAUGAGAUGCCAUACAAUAAUCCGGCAGUUCGAGAAAUAGAAAACGUUGCAGUAUUAGGUAUUGGAACUGCUCGAGGACUUGCAAAUGUUGUUUCCACUAUUUGGAAGAAAAAUUUAAUAAGCGAAAAGGUUUGGAAACGAUUAAGUAAGCCGACGGAAUAUGGGCAAGAUAAAAUAACCUAUUUAAUGACCUAUCGUGGCCAUGGCUUAUUCUACAAAUCACAUCCAAUUCGGCAAAACGCAUAUGUAAUGAUGCACGCUGGUCACGGAAUGCAAAACUUCAUCAUUGAUCCGUUCAAUAAGAUAGUGGUAGUGAUGAUCCGAAAUGCCAUAAUGUGGAAACGUAGCGCACUCGAUGAAAGCUUUGCUUUGGCAAGUGAUAUUAUUCGUACUAUUAAUAUGAAUCCUUAA